CCAAUUUUUUAAAAAUGUCCUACUGUUGAAUCAAACAUAUUGGAAGAAAAUGUUUACUUUAAUUUUACAAAUUUAAAUAGCAAUUAAUAUAAAAAUAUUCCAAAAUAUAUACAUAAAUAUUGUACAAGUAGUUCGCAGAUACUUUCAUAUAAAAUUUUAUAAAAUUACGCUGGAGGGAAUUGAACUGUUUAUCAAGGUUGCUUAAUGUAAGUGUACAUAUGUAUGUACAUGAUUGUUUGGAAAGAUAUUUAAAUAAAAGCAAUGAACUAGAUUAAAAGAAAAUGAUUAGGUAUUGUGAAAAAGAAUGUUAGGAUGGAUUCAUACAUUAUGAUUAUGGUUUUGUUCCUACACGUCUUGACACCUUUCUAUAAAAGUACCAAAAACGUUCUUUUUAUUAUUUUAAAAAGUAAAAGUUUUUUUUAACAAUUUAAAAGCAAAAACAUUACAAUUUGACUUGUGCAAAAAUUUUAUUUUACUUAGGCACUUAGUAGGUAGGUAAGUAGAUUUAUAAAAUCUUUUAUUGAAUAUUUUUUUGAAAAAUACACAUGGAUAAACCAUGAAAACGGAUAAUUGUAUUUAACUUAUAUUUACAUAUUUCUGCUUUAAGCCAAGUUUGUUUUUAACGUGGCAAUUGAAUGUUUUUUUUAUUAAAAACAACUGCUACGGAAAAGUUAAUAAGUAUUGAAUUUAUUGUUGUAUUCAAAAACCAGAAUAAAUCGAUAAGCUUUUAUUUAGUUUUUUUUAACAUAUAGUAUGUGCAAAUUCAUGCAUGUAAGUUGCUUGGAAAGGGCUCCUACCAUAAUUUGUUCACGAAACAUUAACUACUAUUUAUUACGAAAUAGCUACUCUUAAUGCUGUAAUUUUUUACAUGUAAAGUAUAAUAAAAAAUAAAAUUCCCUAUAAAAGUCAAAUGGUUUUUUGUGUUUCGAAGAAAUUUAAAUACAAAAAUAAAAUAAAAAAUUCUUUUUUUAUUAUUAAAUUUCUUAAUUAUUUUUAUUGAGCAUUGUAAUAAAUUAAAAAUUAUCACCAUGCGGUUAGAAACAAAUUACAUAACCAUUAUUAAAUCAUUGGUAAUAUUAUGUAAUGUUAGCUAUGUUAUUAGUAAAAUAGUAAAACCAAAUAAAGCUAUGAUUCAUCAUGAAAAUAUCAAAAUCAGAAAAAAGAAACAUCAGUAGGCUAAUACAAAAGUAGGUGAAAGAGAAUCAAAAGUUUUCCGUAAUAAAUAUGUACAUAUUAUGUAUGUAUUAAAAUUAAAAAAACAAAAUACUUAAUCGAAGAAAAUUUAAAAGCAAAUUUUCGCUACUUGAUAAUUCAUCUGAAGAAAUUGGGCAAAACGGGGAGUUAGUUCUGCCUAAUGCAAAGGAAGACUGAGAUGCUGAGGUGUAGAUAAGUAUUUUCCACAAACCUAUAAGGUUUAGAGACCAGAAUAAAUUUUCUAAAGAUGUUGUAUAUAUGCCCAGACCUGUUAAACUUCGAUCUACAGCAUUUAGUAUAAUAUGUUGGGUAUAUUGCAUUAGUUUGCUGUCGAAACCAAAUAAUUUAAUCAAAAGUGAAAAGGAUAAAUAAUGGACUUUCUAAGUUUGUUUGAUCCAACUCAAUCGGAUAAUUUUUUGGAUAAUCAAUGUUUGAAAUUAGAUAACAAUAAGAACAGAAAAAAUCAUCGAAAUGAAAAAUCAAAAAAUAAGUAUAAUGAAGGUCAACAUAUUAGAACAAAUCAUGAUCGAACAAUUUCAACAAGUAGCUCCAGUGAAAGUGAAUCGGAUUAUAAAAAUAACAAUAAAAUCAUUAUAGAUUUCGAUCAAGGUAUUUUACCUCCGGAACCACAACUUGGAAAUAUUGAAUAUAAAUUAAAAUUAAUAAAUCCUUCAAAACAACGGUUUGAACAUUUGGUUACACAAAUGAAGUGGCGUCUACGUGAAGGUCAUGGUGAAGCAAUAUAUGAAAUUGGAGUCUCUGAUUUGGGACAUAUGCACGGCCUUAAUGAUAAAGAUAUGAAUGCAUCGUUGAACACUCUUAAACAAAUGGCACAUAAUUUAGGUGCCUCAACUAGUGUUUUAAGACGAAAAUCAGUUGGUGGAAAACGUUCUGUAACUGAGGUUUUGGUGCGUAAAAUACCAGAUGAUCAACAUAAUAUAGAAGUUAGGGUAGCAGUUUUAGGUGGAGCAGAUGCUGGAAAAUCUACUCUAUUAGGUGUUUUAACUCAAGGAGAAUUUGACAACGGCAGAGGUCGUGCUCGGCUAAAUAUGUUCCGUCAUAUGCAUGAAAUUCAAUCUGGUAGAACAUCUUGUAUAUCGCACGAAACAUUAGGUUUUGAUUCUGCGGGCAAUAUUAUUAAUUAUAAAUAUAAUGAAAUGAUGACAGCUGAAGAAAUUAGCGAUAAAUCAACAAAAUUAGUUACAUUUAUGGAUUUAGCUGGUCAUCGUCGCUAUAUGAAAACAACGGUACAAGCUUUGUCAGGUUAUUCACCACAUCAUGCAAUGCUAGUUGUUUCAGCUGGUAGUGGCUUUAAUGGAACUAGUAAGGAACAUUUAUCUAUUGCAAGAGCACUCGACAUGCCCUUUUUUAUAGUUGUGACUAAAACUGAUAUAACUUCACCUGAAAGUACUGUAAACGAAUUAAAAAACAUCCUUACUUCUGUGGGUUGUAGAAAGGUGCCCUUUGUUGUAAAUAAUGAGGAUGAUGUAUUGACGGCGGGCUCGAAUUUAACAGCGGAAAACAUUGUACCUAUAUUUUGCGUAUCAAAUGUUACUGGAUCUGGAUUAGAUUUGGUUACCAGGUUUUUGUACGUUCUUUCACCGGGAAUAAGUAAUUCAGAAAAAGAGCGGUUAGAACAGGAACCUUGUGAAUUUCAUAUUGAUGAAAUAUUUAGAGUAUCUGAAGUUGGUUCCGUGGUUGGGGGUCUACUAACAAAAGGUGUUUUAACAGAAAAUAUGCAAAUGAAAAUAGGUCCAUUAGCAGAUGGACAUUUUUUUCCGGUUACAGUUCACUCUAUUCAUAGAAAUAAAGCUCCUUGCAGAGUUGUUCGAGCAGGUCAAAGUGCAUCCUUAUCUUUUCUUCCUAACGAAAACCUUUCAAUGUUACGCAGUGGAAUGAUCCUUUUAGCGGACAACAUAAACGAGGAAGAUCCUUCAGGAAUAUAUUUUUUUCAGGCAAAAGUUUCCGUUCUGUAUCAUGCCACUGCAAUAUGCGUUGGAUUUCAAACGACUGUCCAUAUUGGUAGUAUCAGGCAAACUGCCGUUAUCCGUGGUAUAAUGGGUAAAGAAAGCUUAGGAACAAAUGAUAGUGCAUCAGUGAUUUUCCAAUUUGUUUGCCACCCAGAAUACGUUCGACCUGGAAUGAGAAUUCUUUUCCGAGAAGGAAGAAAUAAAGGAAUAGGGCAUGUAACACAUGUUUUUCAACUUUAAAUUUAAAUAUUGAUUUUUAUCUGCUUAUAAUAACAGAAAAAACAUUUUAGGAACAAUUUUACUUUUUUAGCACGCUUUUGUGUUCUGAGAUUAAUAAACUAAAGACAAACAAUAGAACUAAACAAAAAUAUUAAGAAAAAUAAUUUGUUUUCAA